GCUGGCAUCGAGGUGCUUGUAUGCAGAGCACCGCUGAGCUGUCAGCUGCAGUCCUUGAAGGGAAGGGCUGCUUGCAGUAUUCUGCUGUGAGCUGAAGAUGCAGGCAGGUGGUGGGAGGACUGUGAUUACACUGAGCUAGGCACAAGAACCAGAGCCCAAGUCAGCAAACAACCUAUGGAUUCUGUGUAAAGUCUACCUCUGGUGUUAACUUCGUCUCCCCCUGUUGUCCAAACUGAUAAAAUACAGCACUCAGGAAUGAGCAGGGCAUUCCCUUCCUCUGUUAACUGGUUGACAUGAAGUAGACAGACACCUUCUGAAGUUUGUGCAUGCUGUGUUUUCUCUCCUUGCUGCAACAAGAAAAGUCUUUUCUUUUAACCUGACCUCGUUUGAAGAAGUGACUCAGACAUCUUCAUGGCCUCUAAAGCUGCACAGCACCAAAGAAGCAGAGGACUCCCUGGUUUUAUUCCUGGAGCAUCAGACCCAGAUGGCAGCCUUCAUGCCUCACCUUCCUGCCCAGGGAGCCAAGUGUGGCAGCCAAACCUCCCUCCACCUGGCAGUCUUCCUCCUGGUUUAGAAUAUUUAAGCCAGUUAGACCUCAUCAUUAUACACCAGCAGGUGGAGCUUCUUGGAAUGAUAUUGGGCACUGAGACCUCCAACAAGUAUGAAAUUAAAAAUGGGUUGGGACAAAGAAUUUACUUUGCAGUGGAGGAAAGCAUCUGCUUCAAUCGUACUUUCUGUUCGACCCUGAGAUCCUGUACUCUGAAGGUCACAGACAACUCAGGUCGUGAGGUGAUCACAGUAAACAGGCCACUGAGGUGUAACAGCUGCUGGUGCCCUUGCUACCUACAAGAGUUAGAAAUUCAAGCCCCUCCUGGUACUAUAGUUGCUUAUAUUGCACAGAAGUGGGACCCCUUUCUGCCUAAAUUCACAAUCCAAAAUGCCAACAAAGAAGAUAUUUUGAAAAUUGUUGGUCCUUGUGCAACAUGUGGCUGUUUUGGCGAUGUGGAUUUUGAGGUGAAGACCAUUAAUGAAAAGCUUACAAUUGGAAAGAUUUCAAAGUACUGGUCAGGAUUUGUAAAUAAUGUCUUCACAAAUGCCGACAACUUUGGGAUUCAUGUCCCUGCAGAUCUAGAUGUAACUAUCAAGGCAGCUAUGAUUGGUGCUUGUUUUCUCUUUGAUUUUAUGUUCUUUGAACACUCGCUGGCUGGAUUAUAACAAGCACCAUGAUGAAAAUAACAAAAUACGCAGAAUAUAUUUCAAAAUCCCUUGAGCUCUGGAUUUCAUUUCUGAAUGG